CAUCCUAAAAUCUCUAUAAAUAUUCCCAAAUUUCUCUCCCAAUUCUCUCAUCUUUCUUCCUUCGAUUUUCUUCGCGCUCGUCUUAUUUUAAGCGAUCCAGUUCCGUUUCAAGCUUUCAUCCAAAACAAAGUUCAUGGUUGAAUUAGACCUCGAGAUCCCAUCUGCUUUCGACCCAUUCGCUGAGGCCAGGGAUUCUGAUGCCCCCGGGAACAAGGAGUAUGUUCAUAUCCGCGUGCAGCAGAGGAAUGGUAAAAAGUGCUUGACAACAGUUCAGGGUCUGAAGAAGCAGUUCAGCUACGAGAAGAUCCUCAAAGACGUCAAGAAAGAGUUCUGCUGCAAUGGAAACGUGGUCCAAGACAAAGAACUGGGGAAGAUAAUUCAACUUCAGGGCGAUCAGCGCAAGAACGUCUCCCAAUUCCUGGUUCAGGCUGGACUUGUCAAGAAAGAUCAGAUCAAGAUUCAUGGGUUUUGACCAACCUUUGUGCUGCUGCUGCUGUUUGAAUUUGGUAGUUUAAUGCUUUUUGGGUAUGUUCUAGCCCUAGUAGUAGUUUGUUUUUGUUGAUUUCUUCGUUUUCAAUGGAUCCUAUGUUGGCGUCUGAUUGUUACUUUUUAUCAAUCGAAUGUUUGAUUCUGCGUAUUUGCCAUAAA